AUCCUUGUACCCAGCAUGUACAGUACCGUUUCAGGGUGCAUCAGGACUCUGGCAUGACCUUGAUGUAUCCAAGAAACCUAGCUUAGCAGAGAGCGACCCAGAGAAAACCGAGUUAUGGGUGGAGGAAUUGACUUGAUGGUGUGACUUAGCUGUGGGUGGAUGUGGCGCUCUUUGGUGGCGCACGUGACUGCAACACCUUACGUGGUGAACGUUCCUAAGACCCGCCAGACAUUCUGCAAGAAAUGUGGGAAGCACCAACCACACAAGGUGACGCAGUACAAGAUGGGCAAGGAUUCUUUGUAUGCCCAGGGAAAGCGGCGUUAUGACAGGAAACAGAGUGGCUACGGCGGGCAGACUAAGCCCAUUUUCCGCAAAAAGGCUAAAAGUACAAAGAAGAAUGUGCUGAGACUGGAGUGCGUUGAGCCCAACUGCAGAUCUAAGAGGAUGCUGGCUAUUAAGAGAUGCAAGCAUUUUGAACUAGGAGGUGACAAGAAGAGAAAGUGCCAAGUGAUCCAGUUCUAACCUGAUGUUG